CCCUGCAGGCUGGUCACACAGGGUCACCUCACACUGAGAGGCAGGUGUGUCCUGACUGAACGGGACGGAUACAGAGAAGAAGAUAAAGACUCGGAGAGGAGGGCUGUGCAGAGCAGCUGCCGAGAGUCGACUUCAGGGCUCGUCUAUAAUGCGAUCGGCUGAAGAGAAGAAAUCACCUGAGACCGAAAUGAGUUUAGGCGCAGCGUGUGUGUUCUUGCGUGGAGGGAAAAACCUCGCUAGAGGACUGGCUGAUGAUGAGAUCGAUGAGCUGCGUGACGCGUUCAACGAGUUCGAUAAAGACAAGGACGGGCUGAUCAGCUGUAAGGACCUGGGGAACCUGAUGAGGACGAUGGGUUACAUGCCCACGGAGAUGGAGCUGAUUGAGCUGAGCCAAAACAUCAACAUGAACCUUGGUGGCAGAGUCGACUUUGAAGACUUUGUGGAACUGAUGACUCCGAAGCUGCUGGCGGAGACGGCUGGGAUGAUUGGCAUGAAGGAGCUUAAAGACGCCUUUAAGGAGUUCGACAUAGAUGGCGAUGGAGAGAUCACAACAGAAGAACUGCGGUCCGCCAUGACCAAGCUGAUGGGCGAGCACAUGAGUCGGAGAGAGAUAGACGCCAUCGUGAAAGAAGCGGACGACAACGGAGACGGCACCGUGGACUUUGAAGAGUUCGUCAGAAUGAUGUCCCAUCAAUGACGGCCGAGGGGACGGUCAGUGAAGGGAGGACCUGUGCACAUCUGCAGACAUGCAUUGAUAAUGAUGCCGUGUUUGUCUGGAGCUCUCGGACAGAUUUACUUCUACUAAUCCAGAAUAAUUGUAAUCAUGUGAAAAUUCAAUGUUAGUGGUGCACAGACCAGUCAAGCAAUAUCAAGUCAUCCUCAGAGGGAAUAUAAAGCUAUGCAACCAUGUAUAUUAAUCCAAUGUAAAAAUAUACUGAAAAGACU